AUGAUUCCACCGCGCUUGUUUAGAUUCGGGACCACCUAUAAGACACCACGGAAUCGUACUCAUCAGCGCUACUCCCAUCGCGAUGAUGCUCUGAUCCCGAGCCUGAAGGCUUUCAAAUACUUCAUCGAAGCCAACGGAGACAUGUACAUGGGCUUCAAUCGCAUGUUCGAACAAAGUGCACAGUCUAUCAUUAAGGACUAUCGCGAUCUUCUCUCUGCAUUCAAUGUUGUCCUCCAGCAGGCGCCAUCUUUUGGGCCCAUCGGCCCGCCCAUCUACAUGCUCAUCGAGCAGCUCAAAAUCCUGUUCGAGGGCUGGGCCAAGUUUCUGCAAUCCCCCGCUUCACGCAACGUCCUUACCGACCAGCCGGGUGGAUGGUUCCAUGUGGACGCGCUCACCGCGACCACGAAGGAUUUCCCCGGACUCACUGUCGAGCAGAUCUUCGUCUCCGACCCGAAUAACCCGUCCAUCGGCCUGAUGUGCUUCAUCGCAAUUGGCAUGACGGAGAUUUCGACUUGUCAGGCGACGGUUGAAGAGGGACAACGCGUCAAUCGUGGGGAUGAGCUCGGGAUGUUCCAUUUCGGCGCAUCGUCGCAUGCGCUAGUGUUCCGCCCUCAGACCAAGAUCCAGUGGUUCGACGAUCCGAGCGCGGGGGAUUUGGUGAAGCUUCGCUCUGCGAUCGGAGGCGUUUUGUAG